UCAAUGGAGAUUCUUCACUCUCCUCUUCACUUCUUCAUCUUCAUCACUUUGCUUUCAACAGUAGCAGAGCUCAGCAGAUCAGCUGACAUAAUAACUCUGUCUCAGCCGGUCAGAGAUAACGAGACUCUAGUUUCGGCAGGAGGAAAGUUCAAGCUUGGAUUCUUCAGCACUGGAAAUUCGUCUAACCGGUAUGUUGGGAUCUGGUUCUACAACAUCCCGGUGCAGACCAUUGUCUGGGUGGCAAAUAGGGACGAUCCAAUCAACGGCUCGUCAGGAGUCCUGCAGAUUGAGACGGGAGGGAAUCUAGUCAUCGUUGAUGGAGCAGGAAGAGCUAUUUGGUCCACGAACACAACAAAUCUGGCCUCCGAUAACGUGACUGCGCGGCUCCUGGACUCCGGGAAUCUGGUUCUCACAAAUGAAAGCAACAACGGUUCGGGGAAUUUCCUGUGGCAGAGUUUUGACCAUCCUUUUGAUACGUUACUAGCGGGGAUGAAGCUAGGAUGGGAUCGGAGGAUCGGUUUGAAUCGGUACCUCACUUCUUGGAGGGAUUCGGACGAUCCUUCAACCGGAGACAUCACAUACAAAGUCGAACUCCAGGGACUGCCCCAGAAGUUCCUCCGCAGCAACACUUUGGUAAUUGAACGAAGUGGGCCAUGGGAUGGGAUCCAGUUCAGUGGAUUGCCCCUGAACCCAAAUGCAAUCAUCAAACCCGAGUUUGUGACAACUGCCGAAGAAGUGUACUAUACCUAUCAACUCAACAAAGAUUCCACCAUCACGAGGGCCGUGCUCAACCACUCCGGCACACUUCAACGCUGGGUCUGGGACAAUAAUACACAGUGGGCAGUCGUACAUGAGUUGCCAAACGAUUCCUGCGACGUGUAUGCAAAAUGUGGGCCUAACGCUGUGUGCACGAUUGGUGAUGCCCCGAUAUGCAGCUGCCUGACUGGGUACACGCCGAAAUUGCCCCAGGAAUGGGCGAUGUACGUUUGGUCCAGUGGGUGUGUUAAGAAGAAGCCCUUGAAUUGUCCUAAAGGAGAAGGGUUCAAGAAGCUGAAGGGUGUGAAGGUUCCAGAUAUGCUGAGUUACUAUGUGAACAGAAGUAUAAGCCUGGACGAAUGUAGAACUAAGUGCCUGAAAAGUUGUACUUGCACAGCAUAUACUAAUGCGGACAUUGUCGGGAAGGGUAGCGGGUGUCUGCUUUGGUAUGGAGAUCUUCUCGACAUCAGAAAGCUCAUCCAAUCAAGCCGAAAUCAGAAUGUUUUCAUCAGGGUCAUGGCGUCUGACCUAGGCAAUCAUAAGUGGAAAUUGUGGUUGGUGGUGGCAGCAGUCGCCGCAUCACUGUCUCUAGCAAUUCUUUUGCUACUCUGUUUCUGGAGGAGAAGAACCAAAAAAUGUCUAGGGAAAACAUCGGAGGUGCAGUCUGGAAGUGAAGACAACUUAGAGCUGCCGUUACUAGACUUGGAAGACAUUACGAAAGCGACUAGUAGCUUCUCGUCUCUUAAUAAAAUCGGAGAGGGCGGUUUUGGUCCUGUGUAUAAGGGUCUAAUGUCCGAUGGAGUUCAAAUAGCUGUCAAGAGGCUGUCGCGGAACUCGAGACAGGGUUGUGAUGAGUUCAAGAAUGAAGUCUUGUUGAUUGCGAGACUUCAACACCGAAAUCUUGUCAAGCUGUUGGGAUGCUGUAUUACUGGAGAGGAAAGGAUGUUAGUUUAUGAAUAUAUGCCAAAUGGAAGCCUCGACUCCUUAAUAUUUGCUAAUAGAGCAGGUAAUUCUCUCGUGUGGAGGCGACGGUUCAACAUCAUUGUGGGUGUUGCAAGGGGACUUUUGUAUUUACAUCGCGACUCAAGAUUGAGAAUAAUUCAUCGGGAUCUAAAAGCUAGUAAUGUGUUGCUGGAUAGUGAGAUGAACCCAAAGAUAUCAGAUUUUGGCAUGGCUAGGGCUUUCAGAGGAGAUCAACUACCAGACAAGACGAAACGUGUGGUUGGGACUUACGGAUACAUGUCUCCAGAGUAUGCAAUAGAUGGAAUUUUCUCAACUAAAUCGGAUGUUUUUAGUUUUGGAGUCCUAGUCCUGGAAAUAAUUAGCGGCAGGAGGAACAGAGAAUUCCAUCACCAUGAUCACAAUUUUAACCUUCUUGGACAUGCCUGGAAAUUAUGGCUUCAAGGGGAGGCCACCGAACUCAUAGACAAACAAAUGGAGGAUUCAUUUCCAAGAUCGGAAGCUAUCAGGUGCAUCCAGAUAGGCCUCUUGUGCGUUCAGCAAAGGCCGGAACAAAGGCCGACCAUGUCAUCUGUGCUACGAAUGUUGGACAGCGAGAGUGCCUCACUGCCGCAGCCCAAGCAACCGGGGUUUUACACGGAGAGAUUCAAUGAUAAAAUAGAUGGCGAAACAAGCGAGUUAACCUUUACCACACUCGAUGGUCGGUGAAGAUCCACGAGAUUUCAUGCACACAUAGUUAACAGCACGUAAUAGUCAAGGUAUUAGCUGCUACAUUGUAGAUGGAAACUCUAGUACAUGGUAUUGUCUUCAUGAGGAUAUGAAAAAAAACGUCUGCCUUCUUUGACAAAGUACUUGCUCUUGAGAAUGCACCUGGUGUAUCCUUCUCGUUCCCUAUAUGUACGCAACUCUAUAUAUUGACAAAUAAAAGAGUGUCUUC